AUUGCUAGGAAGAUCAGUGCGGAUGUUUAACGUAGUUUGAAACUCGUUUGGAAAUCUGUUAUCCCGUGAUCGUGUCUUCUCUGAGAGUGACGUGAGGAAUAUUAUCAUAGGUACCGAAAAUAGAGGAGAGCCUUUCAACCAACAUGACUCACCUCAAUAUCCCCACGCUAGUCAGUGUACUUUGCUCUCUUGCGACUAUCAGUACUUCUGUCUCGACAAACGGAAAAGUGUCUAGCGGUAUCGACUGGACGAAGAAAUAUACAUUCCGAUUUGUGGAUUCGAACAAUUACUACGAGGAGUCACUCACUAUCACGCCCAAGACUAACGGGACAAACAUCAAAAUACCUUGUAGAAACACCCACGAACUAUUGAAUUUCACAGCAGAAUCUUUCAAUGUAUCAGGCUGUGGUACUGUCGAAAUCUUUGCUUCUGCUGAUGUCAUUGUCCAUGGCAAAGUGUUCAGCAGCAAUGGUUUCACUGCUGGGUUUUUAGCCCUACCAGACGACGAUCUGGGUACAAAGUAUUUGGUCGAUUGCUAUACACCUAUCGAUCGCACGACACAAGUGGCCAUAUCUGCCAUUUCAAAUGACACGACCAUAACUGUUAAUUGCACAAGUAACUGCACUUUCAAUGGGUCAAGCGUCUCUGGGUCUUUCAUAUUGGGAGCUGGGGAAUCAGGAGUUUUAAAGAGUACCGAAAAUAGCAAGGAAAUGACUGGAACCUACAUUGAAUCUACUAAACCAAUCUCAGUCAUUGUUGGGGCCUAUAAUGUAUACAUUCCGAGUAAUACGAGUAAAGGCCAUGGCGUCGUUAUGGAGCAAUUGUUACCAAUUUCCGCUUGGGGUCGAACGCAUAUCGUGCCACCUUUCAGACACACCCCGAACGGUUGGAUCUUACGCAUCUCGGCGAUAAACCCAAGCACGAAUGUAUCCUUGACAGAUUGUAAGAUCACGGGAAAAUUAGAUAAACGAUUGAAUAGUAGAGAGUUUACUGAUAUUACCGUUAAUGGAACUAAUCAACGAAUGUGUCUCAUCGAAGCCGACCAGCCCAUCCAAGUGAUGCAAUACGUGGCAAGUUCGCGCACCACACAAGACGAGUUGGGAGAUCCUAGUAUGACAGUAAUCCCUGCAGUAUCACGUUAUCAUGGCGACACGUCAGUAAGCAAGGUUAAGAAAAAAGAAUUAAAUUAUACCAUGGAUGUUGUCACAACAAGCGAAGAACCGCCGAUGAUCAACGGCUCUAUGACUGACUUACGCAGAAAUCAUACGCAACCCGUCAUUAUUAAUGGGACACAAUUCUUCUUGUACACCUUCGAAUUACAAAUUGGAAGAUAUCAGGUUACUCGUCGGAAUCAAUCAGAUAGAAUGUGGGUCAGACUUUACACACUUCACCAUGCUCUUGGUGCAGCAAUGUUAGGAGAUGUAAGAGUCUCAGUGAGAAAUAACGACCAAACCACUGACAUCAAGGACAAAAAUGAACUAAAGAAAAAGCAAAAGGAAUUUGAAACCCGAUUUCCAGACAAAUUCCCUGGGUAUGACGAGGCAGCGGAAGCACUCGACACUGUUACGUCGUAUCUCGUUGACAAAGGCAAGCUUGGUUCCGUGAUCGAAACCGAAGUCGCACUCGAGUUCUUCAAGGGUGUCCUAACCCGGAAACCCUUACUGAACGCUACCGUGAAUGACACAAAGUCAUUUCUAAAUAAAACUAGUGAGGCGCUUAAUGUUCUGUUUUCCAACAAGACCAAUGAACAUCUUGUCCGUGCAUGCAUGGAAAAGAGAAAUUUGAGCGCUUCACCUGAGGAAAUCACGUAUGAACUCGAAGGGCUCUUGCACGAUGCUUCAGAAUUGAUCGCUGGUGGUGGGCUGUCAUCAUUUGACGUCUCACGAGAAAAUGCAGCCAUCGCGAUCGCCCCUACAAGCAUGACCAGUCGCGGCAAUUCUACAACCGCUGCAGAAUGUGGGGGCGCCCUAGGCAUCACUGGAUACGGCGCGGAGAUACCGUGCGAAGUCUUGAAGCAGAUGGGAUCACGCGCUGUGUAUCAGAUGAGACUCCCUUUCGGAGCAGACACACUUGAAAGUUCAAAGUGUUCUGAGAAGAGGAAAAAUAUUGCAACUUCGCUCCUUAGCGUGGGACUCGUAUCUAAUCAGCCAAAACGGGAAUUCAGCAAAAAUAUUUCCUUAACCUUCAACAUAAGGCCUUUUGAGGAUGGACCCAACAAUGAUACCACGCUAUGCUCCUACUGGGACAAUGAGAAAGGAGAUUGGUCGACAUCAGGUUGCACCCUGGGUUCGAUUGACGUCAUCAAUGACGAGACCAAGGUCACGUGUCUUUGUAACCACCUGACAAGUUUCGCUGUACUCAUAGACGUGACCCCAGACUCAGCAGAGAUUGAUCCAAGACAUGAACAGAUAAUGAAGCUUUUGACAUGGAUCGGAUGUGGAUUCUCAAUCGUGGCUUGCUUUCUGACUUGUUUUGGUUACGCCGUCCUCAGACUCCGGAGCGAUCUUAUUUUAGUCCAUGGAAACCUUGCACUGUCCGUUGGUUUGGCUGAAAUAGCUUUCCUUUUCCUUGGUGCUAUCCCGAAUCCUGAUGCUCGACCGAUAUCUUGCCUUGUCUUGGCCUCCUUUAUUUACUACCACUUCAUUGCGAUGUUUGCCUGGAUGGCCAUAGAGGGCGUACAUCUGUAUUUGUUGACCUUUGUAGUAUGGAACGCCGAGAAGCGAAAAAUCAAGUGGUAUAUGGCAUGCGGAUGGGGCAUACCUUUUCUAUUCGUCGCUAUGAUGCUUGCUUUCAACUUCGUACGACAUGCACGAUAUGAACAAGGGAUUUAUUUCCAAAACUAUUGUUUCCUGAGCAUGGAAGACAGGAGUCUCCUCAUGUUCGUCGUUCCAGUCGCUGCUGUGAUCGUCUUCAAUAUCUUCGUAACAAUACGUGUUGUUUGUCAAAUCGUUAAGAUGUCGGACGGUCCUACAAUGCAAGGCGACAUUAAGAAAAGAGCUAAAUACGGCGUGAAGGCGAUGAUUGUUCUUCUCCCAAUAAUGGGAUUGACCUGGGUGGUAGGCUUCUUAGCGGUCAAUAGGGCAAAGGUCAUCUUUCUGUACGCCUUCAUCGUUCUCAAUUGUCUCCAGGGUGUCUUCAUAUUCUUCAUUCAUUUCUUCAGAAACACGGAGGUUCGCAAAGCAUUUGGGAGACAACUGGACAAAUGGGCCGUUAGUCAGUCUUUUAAGGGAGACUCUUCGACUAGCAGGACCGGACGAAAGUCCUCAUCCUCGGGUGGGGAAAAGAAUCUUGCGGCUUUCCGAUCGCCCAACCAAACCGUAACAUUGUCCAACAUGUCGACCACCAAGGCCCAUAACCUGUAGGUGACUUUGAAAACGCUUCAGCUGUAGGGUGCCAAGGCAGUGGAGCUCAUUUUGCAUGGUCAUUGAAUAUCUUGAAUUUAUU